UUUGGGAUGCAUCCGCGACUGUGCAGUUAUUUCUUUAAAAUUUAUCUAAAAUUGAAAGGUUUUUAUGGUAUGAAGUCAAAUUGAUCUACACGUAUGUGAAGACGUCAGCCGGACGCCAUGGCUCUGAAGAAAGUUAAGGGCACCCUGGAGAGGGUUCUGGACAAAAAUCUGCAGGAUUUGGUCCGGGGUAUCCGAAACCAUAAAGAAUCUGAGAGUAAAUACAUCGCAGAAUGUGUAGACGAAAUCAAGCAGGAAUUGCGACAGGAAAACCCUGCCGUCAAGGCCAAUGCUGUCAACAAGUUAACCUAUUUACAAAUGCUGGGAUAUGAUGUGAGCUGGGCAGCCUUCAAUGUCAUAGAAGUGAUGAGCUCCACCAAGUUUACAUUCAAGAGAAUUGGUUACCUGGCAGCAUCUCAGACAUUCCACGAAGGGACAGAUGUUCUCAUGCUGACAACAAAUAUGAUCAGAAAGGAUUUAAGCAGUCACAACAUGUAUGACUCUGGGGUGGCUCUCAACGGCCUGUCUUGCUUCAUAACGUGCGAUUUGGCCCGGGAUCUUGCUAAUGAUAUCAUGACACUGAUGACCUCCACCAAACCCUACCUACGUAAGAAGGCUGUGUUAAUCAUGUAUAAAGUCUUCCUGAGGUUCCCUGAGGCACUGAGGCCAGCGUUUCCUCGACUGAAGGAGAAACUGGAGGACCCUGAUCCUGGGGUUCAGUCAGCAGCUGUCAACGUUAUUUGUGAACUUGCCAGGAAAAACCCAAAGAAUUAUUUGUCUUUGGCCCCACUCUUCUUCAAGUUGAUGACCAGCUCCACAAAUAACUGGGUGCUAAUAAAGAUUAUCAAACUGUUUGGAGCUUUAACUCCUCUAGAACCAAGGCUUGGAAAGAAACUGAUAGAACCAUUAACAAACCUAAUACACAGUACAUCAGCAAUGUCCCUGCUGUACGAGUGCAUCAAUACUGUUAUAGCAGUACUUGUUUCUAUAUCUUCAGGCGUCCCAAAUCAUUCUGCCUCCAUACAGCUCUGUGUGCAGAAGCUGAGAAUUUUGAUUGAAGAUUCCGACCAAAACUUGAAGUACUUGGGAUUACUGGCCAUGUCCCGUAUACUGACCACGCAUCCUAAGAGUGUCCAAGCUCACAAAGAUCUCAUCCUUCAGUGUCUGGAUGACAAAGAUGAAUCCAUCAGACUUAGAUCUCUGGACCUUCUCUAUGGAAUGGUGUCAAAGAAGAACCUGAUGGAGAUAGUGAAGAAGCUGAUGAUCCACAUGGACAAGGCUGAGGGCUCUAACUACAGGGAUGAACUCCUUUCCAAGAUCAUUGAGAUAUGCAGUCAGUCCAAUUACCAAUAUGUUACCAACUUUGAAUGGUAUGUAAGUGUACUGGUGGAACUGACCCGUAUGGAGGGAACACGACAUGGGAAACUCAUCGCCUCGCAGAUGUUAGAUGUGGCGAUACGAGUCGCGGCAAUACGGCCGUUCGCCGUCUCACAAAUGGCUGUCCUGAUGGAGAACUCUCAUCUUUUGGCUAACAACUCGCGAAGAAACGGCAUCUGUGAAGUGUUGUACGCAGCAGCCUGGAUAUGUGGGGAAUUCUCAGAACAUCUGAAGGAGCCUCAGGAGACGCUAGAGGCGAUGCUGCGCCCCAAGAUCACAACCCUACCCGGGCACAUCCAAGGGGUGUACGUACAGAACAUCCUGAAGCUUUACUCACGGGUGCUGGUCAAGGCAGAGGAGGAGGGUGAUGAGCAGACCAUCCAGGAGGUCGGUCAGAUGGUUAUUGAGAAACUGCCCAUGUUUGUCCAGAGUGCUGACCUGGAGGUCCAGGAAAGGGCCUGCUGUGUGCUGCAGCUGAUGAAGUACGUGGUGAAACUCCAGGAGAAAGGAGGACAGACAGCAGCUGAGGUCUCCUCCCUGUUUGUUGGUGAGCUCAACCCUGUGGCCACCAAAGCUCAGAAGAAAGUGCCUGUCCCAGAUGGUCUGGACCUGGACGAGUGGAUUUAUGACCCACCCUCAGACAGCUCUGAUGAAGAUUUCGGAGGAGCCAAUAUUUUUGGACCCUCUGGGGAGGACAUGAAAUCAUCCUAUCACAAUGAUGCUCAGCCCACAUACCAGCCCACAGAGGAGGAGCUAGAAAAGAGACGGGAGGCCAGGCGAGAAGAGCAGUUGAAUAACCCCCAUUACCUAAAACUAGAUAGUAAGACCAAACUAAAGAGCCCUGAUAACACAAACUAUGAAAACAUACCGGUGUCUAACAUAGACCUGAGUGUACCACUCCAUGUGCCAGGUCUUUCCUCCUCAGAUAUGUAUUUGAAACUGUCCAACUCCAACCUCUUGUCAUCUGGUAAGAAAUCUAAGCGAUCUAAGAAGAAAAAACGACGCGGUAAAAAAGGUGUGGUGGAAUCUGAGGACGAGGAAGAAGAUGAAACCCCACAUGUGCUAGCUGUCAGCACUGCCAUGGACAUGCCUGAGGGAGCUAAUGCAUCUGACGGUGAUGAGGAUGUGAAGGACACCAGUGAUCCUCAUAACAUGUUAGAUAUUAACCUGGAUGAGCCUUUGAGAGAUGAUGAGAGGCUUCCAGUCAGGACUCAUCGUACCGUUGAUGGCAGACACGAGCCCCUGGAUGGGGAGCUGGUGGACGGUACAGCCAACCAAAAACCAAAGAAAAAGCAUAAAAAACUCAAGGAAAAAGACAAAAAGAAAGAGAAAAAAGAAAAGAAAGACAAGAAAAAGAAAUCCCGGUCCAUUGAGAAGGAAGUAGACGAUCAGCCUGACCUGUUGGGUGAGGAGGAGAAGGGUGGUGAUGAGAAGGAUGGUGAUGAGCCCCAGGAGCUGGUGAAGGAGAAUAAUGUGGAGGACAAGCCAGACACCAGGGAAGACACCAUGGUAGACACCCAGGAACAAGACAAAAAGAGUGAGGAUAUAGAGUUUUGGCUGACGAACAAUGAGACAGGGAGCAGAGGGGAAUCGCCCACUGCCGUCACAGUAUCACCUGAUCAGUCUAACACGCCCACACCUACCCACAAUGCCGUAGUGCUGACCGAGUCUGAGGAGGAGACGCCCAAACAUUCAGAUGGGAAACAUAAAAAGAAAAAGAAGAAUAAAAAAGAGAAAAAGGAGAAGAAAGAAAAGCGUGAACGACAGAAGAACAAAACCGAUUAUGAAGAGGCUGAGGGUAUCACAACUCCAUCAAAGGAAAACCUUCCUCCUUCUCAGCAACCAACACCGAUGACCAUGCAGUUACCACCCAUGUCAAGUUACAAAUUACUAGGAGAAAACUCAACGAUAAAAAUGACGUACGAGACGCGGGUGACACCACAGAGGGGUGACCAGAUUGUGAUUUCUAUCAUAUUUACAAAUCUCACAUCCCAUCACAUGAAGGAUUUAGAAUUCAACGUACUAGAUACACUAAACAGUAAACUGAUCAGAGGGGUUGGUGCAUCACAGCACGACUCGGUCAAGGUUCCAUUUGUCCUGUUACCUAAUGCUCAGAAUGAGGGUCAGUUUGCAUUCACUGUGUCCAGUAUCACCAUGCCACAGAGACUAAGGGGAACUCUCACCUAUAUCCUUAAGACCAGCGAAGGCUCAACACAUGAUAAACUAGACUUCAAACUGCAUCUACCGUGUAGUUCAUACCUGUCAGCAACUCAUUGUAAAGGGCCCGAGUUUGCUAAGCUGUUGAGCAGUGGGGACCUGACCGAGAAGUCUUCACUGACUGUAUCACCAAUGGACACUGAGUUCCCUCACAUCCUUGCCAAGCUUUGCUUCUUCCUGCACUUUACAAUUGUGGAACAGGUAGAGAACAGUGCGUCCCUGUACAGCAGGUCAAUACAAAACCACAGCAUUUGUCUCCUAGUCAAGUACACUUCCAGCAAGACCUUGAGUAUAGAUGGGAAAUGUACGGAUACUAGUUUACUAUCCAAUGUCCUUGAUGAGGUGCGGACUGUCCUCACCCAACCUAUCCAGUAACAUCAGCUCCUAUUGGCUGAAGCAGUUGUCCAUCAGGACUUGGGUACAUAACCAUUAGCUCAAUCAGAUGUCCGUCAUGAUAUCAUGUGCUAUGGGCUAACCUGUAUGAAGCUGCUGUGGACUUGUGUAUGUAAUCAUUGUCCAGGUCAGGUUUCACCUAUAACUGUAGCUUUUAACCACUGUCAGGUUACAUACAUGAGUGAUGUUGCUCUGCUGGACAUGAUACAUAAUAAAUUACGUACACUGUUGACCAGAUAAUCUUGAUUGCCUGCUGGUCAAAUUACGCUUACUGUUUUUCAUUCAAGUCAAGAAAAGUGUAAGAUUUUACUUUGUGUCAACAAAAAACAUAAAAUUCUUUUAAGGGAAAUCCUGUCUCUCUUGUCUGUUAGCAAUAUUUGUGAAAAUAGAGACAAUAUUGUAAUACAGUAUUUAUGUAUAUGUAAUUUACAAACACCUUCCUGGAAGUGAAGUCAGAGAUAUGAUAACCGACAGUGUUAUUCAAAUCAUUUU